AUGGCUCGUGCCCCACCGUCACCUCUGACCCCUAGCAACAUCCCGCGGAACCUGAGCUACAUCGCAGGCCUGUACGAGCGAGCCUACUACCGCACCGCCCGGCCGAGCAUAGCAGAGGACUCGGGGACCGAGGGCUCCGAAUCCGAGUCGGAGAGCAGGCCCCGGAGCAGGCCCCGGAGGCGACGCCACGUCUUCGGAGGGCACAAGCGGAAAGGAAGGCGCCGGACUCGCUCGGCCCCUGCCCGGGGCAGAAGUCGGGGGGCCUCGCGCAGCCGCAGCCCCGGGACACGCAAGAGGGUUCGCUUUGCCGAUUCCCUGGGCCUGGAGCUCACCAGCGUCCGCCAGUUCUGGCCCAACGACCUCCCAGAGGUGCCGGAGCGUGUCCAUGCCCAGCUGAGGCGCGACUCACUCAGCCACUUUGCCCCGUGCCUGCCUUUUUGCCCACCUGUGAAGGUAAUGGGGGGUUAGCCAGCCUAGUGGUGGGAUGAAUUUUGGGGCAGAAUGGGAAGUGGCAGAAAGGUGGGAGGGAAGGAAAUCAAUAAUAGAUUUCCCUUCAGCAUCUCCUUUCUGAGGGCAAAGGAAGCAUUAAAUCCAUGGAGAAUAAUAAUUCCUACUCUUUACCCCCCACAAGGGCCUUAAAGGGCCAGAUAACCAGCAUUGAACUGGUCCAAAAUGCAUCAUAUUUGUGUCAAGUAGAAAUGGAAGAUGUAGCUUUUUCAGAUAAGGGCUAUAGCCCAGGGGUAGAACAUCUGUGUUGCAUGCACAAGGUCCCAGGUUCAAACCCUGGCAUCUCCCAGAUAGGGCUGGGAGUGUCCCCUGCUGCUGCUGCUGCUGCCAGUCAGUGCAGACAAUACCAAGUGAGGUGGACCAGAGGUCUGACUCAGUAGAAAGCAGCUUCCCAUAUUCCCAUGUGCAAUGCCGCUUUUGGCCAGGGGGGGAAGCUGGUGCCAUCCAGAGGCUGUGAGACAUCAGCUUCAAAACAGACAGCUAGGUCUAAAUGAAUUGUGCUCUGUAUUUACUUGCUGCAAGUUUUGAUCCUGUUGCCUGGGGCUGAUGGGAGUUGUAACGACUAGGGAAGGCAGCACACGGGCUGCCCUAGCUGGCAGUGGCUCUCCGGGUUCCAAGCAGAGGGCAUUUCCAUCCUUUCCUGAGGAGUUGCCACUUGGGAUUGAACUUGGACCUCCUGCAUGCAAAGUAGAUGCUAUGGCCCUGAGCUGUGACCCUUGUCCCAAGAUAAGCGUCCAUGGGAUUGCAGCCUUCGCUUCUUACCAUGAAGUCACAUGUCAUUAACCUGUAGUAACCUAUAUCCACGUCUCUGGGUCUUUGCAGGAGUCCUGUAAAUAGGUAAGAAAAGGUAACUGACUAGUAUAUUUUUUCAGUGUUAAAGUGAACUCCUGCAUUGAUUUCUGUGUUGCAGGGGGUUGGACUAGAUGACCCGUAGGGUCCCUUCUAAUUCUACAAUUCUAUGCUUCUAUGGUUGCUGAGAGAGGGGUGUUGUAAACAUGCAAGCCUCUCCGCCAUCAUUCCCACUCCCUGCCUGCCUUCCUACUUUACAAAGCAACGCUCUGAAGCACAGAUCCUUUCAUAUCCACAGAGAUUCCCCAUGCAUUUUCAAAUUUGGCAUAACAGGAGGUUCUUAAAACGUGUCAAGAGGCCUCCAUAGAUACAGGUGUCUCCUUCUUUCAGCCAGUCACCUUCCAAGAGUUAGGAGGCAGAAACAGCGAUGGGGCAUGGAUACUAAUCCACAUUGCCCCUCUCUUUGCGUUUACAUUUCCCUCUUCAUAACCCCAGAAGAGGCCUUAGAUCUAUUAUGGCUAUACAAAAGGCAUGGAUCCAAAAUAUGCCUUGAAAGGUUGUUUCCGCAGUUUCCAGGUGGAGCUAACCUACAAGGCUUCGGAGGCAUUCAGAAUAUCCCAUUCUGUCCACCUUUGGGCAGUUAAAGUCUUUCACAGUUCGCCUUAAGCUUUCCCCCCUGAGCAUCUCUUGAGAUGGCCCCAAAAUCUCCAGGGAUGGUGGUUGUGCAAGGAGCUGGGAGGGGAUAUAAGAUCUCCUCACCCUUGGCAGGCUGAGGGGAUCCCUCCGUCUCCAAAGAGAGUCCUCAGGUUUAAAGAAAGGCCCUUCCUCCCAUUCUGAGCCCACGCAGUCAUGCCAACACAAAAAAGGUUCUUCUGUUAGGCCCCCAGCCCUCACUAGUCUGAUCGUAGGGCCUUUAUAUAAAGGCAGCCUUGCCUUCGCCAACCAGGUGCCCUCCAGACAUUUUGGACCAUAACUCUGUGGCUGGCUGCCGUUGAUGGGAGUUGUGGUCCAAAGUGGCUGUGCUUGCUUGGGCUGGUGAGAGUUUUGCUGGCUGCAUUAGGGAUGACUCCAUAACGACUGCAUUCCAGCCAAAGGAAUUAACAGAGAUGGGCUGGUGGUGCUGGGAAAAGGGUUUUUUAAAUGUUGUCCGGAGACCAGAAGUCUCUCUUCUCUUUCCUGAAAGUGACUCUCAAAUGGCACUCAGGAUCCAUCAACACCUCCCUUGCUUUCCACCCUGCCUGACUCCUCGCUUUCUAGCUCAUCCUCCUCCCGCCCUUCCCUUCUCCACACGCUGCCAUCUUGGAUCUCCAGUCUCUUCUCUUCUUCACCUUGUCCCAUCCCUUCAUCUCCCCCCUGACUUCUUUUCUUUUCCCUGUGUGACUUGUACAUUUAAGGCACAUUCAAAGCACAUUCUUUUCCCCUCAAAGAAUUCUGGGCACUGGAGUUUGUUAAGGGUCGCUGGGAAUUGUAACUCUUGUGAGGGGUCGACUACAGUGCUCAGAAUCCUUUGAGGGGAAAAGAAUGUGCUUUGAAGGGCCACAUCCACACUAUACAUUUAAAGCGUUAUUGUACCACUUGAAACAGUCAUCGCUUCCCCCAAAGAAUUCUGGGAGCUACCGUUCCUGGGGAAUUACCCUCCAUGAGGGUAAUAGGGGCUGCCAAACAACUCUCAACACACUUAACAAACUACAGUUCCCAGGAUUCUUUGGGGGAAGCCAUGACUGUUUAAAGAGGUUUCAGAGUGUUCUAAAUGUAUGGUGCAAAUGUGGCCAUAGUGUAUAUUUAGCCCUCGCUCCUCUUUCUCUUUCUCAUCCUCUUCCUCCCUCUCCCGCUCUUAUUUUCCUCCUGUUCUUUUUCUGCUGGCCAGCCAGUAUCUUUAUCUUUCAUCUUUAUUGCCCCUUUCCCUCACCUCCCAUGCAUUGACUUUCCUUCUUGGUCCUCCUGAACUGAUUCCAGAACUCCUCUCCUCUUUAUUUACUUGGUCACAUGCUUAUUAUAUCCCAUUUUUCCUUCAAGGUGGUGUACGCAGUUCUCUUUCCAAUUUUAUCCUCAUGACAACUGGGUGAAGAAGGUUACCGUAAUCUGAGAGACAAAGACUGACGCAGGCCUGCCUUGAGAGCUUCCUGGCCUACUGAGGAUUUGAACCCGGGUCUCCCAGGUCCAAGUCCCACAUUCAAACCACUUUACCACAUGGACACAUACUGUUUCCUGCCAGCCUUUAGUCUCUUUCUGCCUGCGUUCUCUAGAAUUCCUUCUGUUUUCUUUUCACUUGUUUAAAUUUAUAUAGUCAUAUCCUGUAUAAUGUAUUGGUUUUCCCUUUCUGUCUUAUUUAGUCUUUUCUUUCUAAAUUCUCAUGGUUUGUUCCCACUCACCAUUUCCCCCCUACCCUCUAUUUUAAUACCUUCCUAUUCAUUUUUCUUCAUCAUCCACAAAUUUCUUCAGUCAUUCUGUCUUUAUUGUCCCUUUAUCCCCUCUGUUUUGCCCCUAACACCCAAAUAGUCCUUCAUGUGCUCCAUUUUCUAAUUAGGAACAUAGGGAGAUGCCUUAUUAUACUGAGUCAGACCGAUUGGUCCAUCUUAUAUCUUGUCAACACUGACUGGUGGUGGCUGGCCAAGGUUUCAGAUCUUUCCUAGACCAACGUGGAAAUGCCAGGAAAUAAUAAUAAUAUUAUAAUAAUAAUUUAUUUUUAUACCUCGCCCAUCUAGCUGGGUUUCCCCAGCCACUCAGGGUGGCUCCCAACAGAAUAUUAAAAACAUGAUAAAACAUCAAACAUUAAAAACUUCCCUAAAAUUGAACCUUUGACCUUCUUCUUAAAUAAAAUUUUAUUAAAACUUUUUCAUAAUGCAAUAUGAUCAAAGAAAUUAAUCUAAAGAAAAACAAGGUGAGGGGGGGGAAAUGAAAAAACCAAAGGAAAAGAAAAAAAGAAGAAACAAAAUAAAAGAGAAGAAAUUAAAAGGACUUCCAAUUUUCCGUCUGUCAGUUUCAUAAAAGAAAUUAGUCAAAAUAUUCGCUCUAGCAUGACAUCCAACUGAUCUUCUUUCUGUUAGGCAAUAUUUUCCCAAUCUUCCACCCCAAAUGUCUCCGAUUCAUUUUCUUUUUUACACAAAAACUCCAAAAGGGGUUCUCUGAUUAUUAUCAUUAACAAUAAUAAAUUUCAUCAAUGGUUUUUCUCUAAUCAAACAUAUCAACUUUGCAACCUGUGACCUGCCUCUGAGCCAUGGCCCUUCCAAAAUUCUCACUCCCCUCUUCCUUUUGUCUCUCCAGGAUCCUUUGAGUCUUCGAUACCUGCUGGAGCCCACCUUCCCAGACCCCCUGUCCAUGCCAGAUUUCUUACCGCGCCUCCUGGCGCAGUGCGUUCUCCUCGAAGGAGCCCGGGCCGAAGGCUCCUGUGUAUCCGGCACCAUCCGGGUCCUCAACUUAGCCUAUGAAAAACGGGUCUCCGUGAGAUACACCUGGGAUUCUUGGGCUACGCAACACGAAGUUCGGGCAUCCUACGCCGCUCCUGCAGGCCGGGAUCGGGACCACGCCGACCGCUUUGCCUUUCGCCUUCCGCUGCUCACCCCGCUGGUCCCUGGGGUUGUCCUAGAGUUUGCCAUUUGCUACCUUGUGGGGGCAGAAGAGUUCUGGGACAACAACCAAGGCCGCAACUAUUGCUUGAGGCCUCCACCCUGUGUGGAUGAGGAGGAUGAGCCCCCCAGCCCCACUGCCGAUUGCUGUGAGACAGGGUGGAUACACUUCCUCUAA